AUGGCUUGGCGCGUAGUGUACGCGCUAGGCCUGGUGGUGUGGUCCAUAAAUGGACAACAGCCACUCAAUCAGCAAGGCCAAAACAUCAACCCCGACCAGGGCCAAGGCACAAACCUCAUCACCGGCCAGGGCAUUACACCGUACUAUGGAGUGAACCUCGUGCCGUUUGGGCCUGACGCGGGCGACAUGCGGGUGAACGACGAGAUGUUGACAGGAGGGCAAACGAUUGAUUUGCAUCUGUUUUUCCCGUUCUACGGUGGACUUUACAAUUAUACAUCGAUCUCCGGGAAUGGCUACAUCAGCUUCGCCACCGUGUUCGACCAGGGCCCCGUGAUCAACGUCGGACCGACCGAUACGGAUUGGCCGACCGUCCAGGAUCCGGCCAUGAUUGCGCCGUAUUUGUGCAAGCAGCAGAUCCCGCGCAACCAUGGACCCGGACUAAAAACGGGCGUAUUCUACCGUCUCCUCCUCCGCCAAUCCCUCUUCGGCCGCCAAUCCGACAGCAAUAUGAAUAUGGGUGGCAGUAUGCCGUCUGGAUUCUUUGGUCAAGCAGCUCGACUGGCUUGCCCGGCGACCCCGAAUCACUAUGCGAGGUGUAACCAGGAGAGUGACUAUCAACUGAACGAGUGGAUGAACUGGUUGCAGGAGGGCAUUGCCGGUGCACAAAUGUUCCGCGCCGACGCGGCCCUGGUGGUCACGUGGUUCAACUCGGCCUCCGCAAUCUCGGGCCGCUCCGACGUCGACGCCGGCCAGUUGUCAACCUACCAGCUGAUCUGGCUGACCGAUAGUAAUGCACGCCUCUCCUACGUCAUCUUCAACUACGACAAGCUCGGCUUCGAUGCAACGGAUUUCCGCGGGAAUUCAAGGACUGGAAGGUGUCAGGCGCUCUUCAACGGCGGUAACCACACCGGAAUCGUGCCGGUCGACCCGACGCAGAUGUACAAGAAUACACCCAAGGUGCUGGCUUCGCAGUCCGGAGUGCCCCAUAUUGUUCGCGGCAGAUACAUGUUCCGUGUUGAUGACGUCGUCCGCCCAGGCGGUUGUUCCAACAAAACUGGAGGCACUUUCCCGAUGAUGAUCUACCCGAACAUUGUCAACAUGUUGGGCGAGACGACCGUCGAUGUGAAUGCGAUGUGUCUGGAUCGGGCGAAGAGUUAUAUUCUGAUGAUAGAGCAGAGACAGAUAGCCACGUGCACAGUGUUGAAUCCGUCGAUAGCGAGAUGUGCACUUCCGAAAAUCUUUGACUGGGGCACGCUCCCUCCAACCCUCGACCCGCAACGUCUCGAAAUCGGCAACAUCUACGAUUGGUUCAAAAACCCGAUCCCCUACCAAGUGAUGCCCCUCUCAUGGUACCCCCGAAAUUUCACCAACCCCGACAUCAACAACCGCCUCGACUCCGGCGGGGUCAGAAUUAGUGACGACUCGAUGUAUUCAGUGCAACUCGGAUUGUAUGUGAUUGGGUAUAAGGAGUUUAAGGACGACGAGAUCAAAAAAUUCCGGCCUGAGCAUCGGAUUAUUGCGCGGCUUGGCUCGUAUGCAAAUAAGAAUCAGUAUGAAUUCCGGUGGAGACCGCAGGAGGAACGGAUCAAUAUUAAUCAGGUCGAACAAUGGUACAUGACGGAUUGGGAAAGAAUGAACGAGCUGUACACCUACCGCUUCGGCUACCUUAAACUCGCCCCAAUCAUGAACGUUGAUCAGCAACGCCCCACACAACUUCCAGCCGGAUUGGUCUCCCACCCAAUCUCCUUGCAUUGGAUGUGGACGACGAACAACCAAGAGUUCGCCACCACCACCUACAGCGCCCAGGACGAGAAGUCGAGGGUGGAAUUUGUGAAGAAGAAGGCGACACAGAUGUGUCAUGACUGGUAUAAUGAAGACGGUGCCCAGGCCAACUUCAUCCGAGACACCGAGACGAACGCGUCGUGCCCGUGCGUUGAGAGGCAGGCGAUGGCCGACCUUGGACGGUUUAUGCCACAUCCACGAUGCUCGCAGAUCUUCCGUGAUAUCACCUGCACCCAAUCGAUCGGUGCCCGAAAUUGCUACAUGUCGGCCCAAAACGUCUACGGGUCGUACGCCGGAUCGGGCAGGACGGACAACUCGCAUACCACCGGCCGAAUCCCCACCCACUACGGACAAGUGUGCUGCUACGAUUCUGAUGGCCAUCUGAUGCAGACCAGUUAUCAACCUGUUAUAAAGGUGACACCGGAAGUGCCGUAUAACCCCGGGUUCCCCUUACGCGCCUACGAAUUUGGGUCAUCACCGUAUAUGGGGCAGUUUGAGGUGCCGGGUCUAUCAGCCUUUCACAACGACUACAUGCCAUAUUUCCUCUGCUGCAAAUAUGCCGAUUUUCGAUGCCAAAUGUUCUACUGGCGGCGGCCGUCUAGCGGUUGUCAAGAGUAUCAGCCGGCAGCAUACGGCGAGGCGAUCGGCGCCGGCGUCUUCAACACGAUCGACAACGACAAGUUUGUGUUCAACGAGCCGGGCGUGUACACCCUCCUCUACAUCCCGAAGACGUUGACCACCCCGGAAGUGAAGAUCCAAGUCCGGCUGGAGCGAUAUCCGAACCGGAAGGUCGACUUCAGUUACCUUGGCCGUUGGAUGCCGCAGAAGGACCUUGUUCAGCCCUCAAAUGCCACUGUCAUCACUGGAAUUGCCAUUGAGGCUACAGGAACUGAUCGUAUCCACGUACUCGCUCGGAAGGACACACGCCGCUUCCGCUACCGUACCAGCAUCAUCGUCGGCAACAUUUUGCGAUAUUUCGAUACGAUGGUCAUCCAACGGUUCAAGGGCGUGCUCGUCUACGUGAACAAUGUCGAGCGCGGUCAAGCCGAGAUCUACGUUGUGCUUGAGGAGGCCCAGAUCGGCAUCAGGAUACGCGAAUCAUUCAACCGAGAUAUCGAUCGAUUGUUGAACUACCAGGAGAGCUUCGGGAUUCUAAACGUUGCCCUCUCUGUGCCGCCACAGUAUGGUGUGAGACCCGAUGGAGAUAAGGCACGCGAGAACGAGAUCCGACAGCGCUAUAAUUUGCCAAAGGUCGCCGGCCUAAUGCGCCCAUUCCCCGACCAAACGAUGAGCAGCCAAUACCAGCGUGACCUCCAAAUGCAAGACGUCAACUCCGAGCAGUACAGGCAGCAGAUUGUACAGAAUUACAAAAUUGCCGGCAGUGGCGAGAGUGGCUCGGAUCAGAAUCUGAACGUCCAGUACAACUCGGAGAUCCCCUCGGAAAAUAUGUUCACCACUAGCCGCGAUGAGGACAGGAAGUUUGAGGUUUUCCCUGAGGCAUCGAUGCGAGGGCCCAUCUACAAGGCGGCCGCCGAGUUCGAGACGGGCACCAACCGCUUCUACCCGAUCACCGGGACGGUGUUGAUCCAAAUUCUGAACCACUGCCGCGAUAUGGAGCAGAACCCGAAUUACAACCUGCAGCCGCAAAUCUCGUCGGUGAUGGAGCAGUACGGGAUGUCGGUAUGCCCGAAUAAACCCUCAGAAGUUCUGGCCGAUUGUGGGGACAAUUGGGCGUGUCUCUACGACUAUACCCUCCUCAACUCAAAGGUCAUCGGCCAGGAGAGCAAGGAGGCAUGGAAUUCCCAUAUCGCCCUCCGACUUCAAGCUAUGCGGCAGUACAACUCUUGCGGCCCGAUCAACAUCGAGUACCCGGAAUAUCUGAUGAAAAUCGGCAGCAUGCACAGCGCUUAUCUGGAGGGGGAUGUCGCACAAUUCGAGUGUUUCCAGAGCCAUUGGACCAAGGGAACCCAUGAGUACAAGUGUGGAAUGGUGGCGAAUCGAGACUACUAUCGCGACAGCCGAACCCGCGAGCAAGAGCCCCUCAACUAUCAAUACGGUACCUAUCGAUUCGAGUGGAAUAAGGGAGACCAACCGUGGUGCCGGUCGCGUGAGAAGGAGAAUUUCUUCAUUUGGUUGGCCGCGAUUUUGGGAUCUGCUGGAAUUAUUAUCGUGUUGAUCCUGAUCUAUCUAAUGUGCUGGAUCAAGAAGCAAGACCACCGCAAGAAGUUUGACGAGGAGAAGGAGCAGAACAGCGUCCGAACACCGUCAACAGCACGGAAAUGGAAUGAUCCGCCGUAUUCUCGAGAAGCGGAACCGCUCAAUCCGAAGGCUCGGCUGAUGGAUAGCCCUCGGGUACAUACGCCAAAUAAGCCAAGAAUCGAUCCGUACUCCUCGCCAGCGGAAGCCUCGACGCCCGAGUCGACGCACCAUAACGAGAAGAAUGGCAUGCUCGGCCUCAACACCAGCGUC